UCUACGACUUCUAAUCAUAAUUCGAGGUUUUUUUUUUUUUUUUUUCCUUAAAUAAGAAAUAUUAUGGGAAGACAUGGAGGUUUGAAGGCGUAGGCGUGGAUGCUCCACAUUACAAGAUUGAGACUGGAAAGUGGAAAGUGGAAACAAACAGCUGCAGUUGAGAUUUGAAGUCAAAACAAUCUCAAGAUGUUGCAGUUACCAAAUGCAGUAAAUGAAUAACCGAAACAAAGUUGUAGCUGCUGCACAAACACAAAGGCCCCAUUUCCAUCAAAACUGCUGAUUCAAAUUUUCAUUACUGCACUCUAUAAAUUAACCCUCCUUGCAUUUCCUACAUUUUUGUGGUGCUCAAUCUCCGUCACUGUAAGUAUACAUUUUCAAGCGUUGCCUUUCUUCCACGUCGUUUAAGGAUUUGCAGAUGCUAUAUAUUGUGUGUAUAUACUUGCACGUAGUAUAUAUGUUGCAUUGAUUUUGUAUGUUGUCUGAUGAAUUCCAGUGAAGUGAAGUGAUGAUGAUGGAGGCCUCGGCCUCGGCCUCAGGCAUGAGUGUCGAAAAAGCUGUGCAAGAGGUGAUGAGAAUGCACAAGUCGUUGCCAGCCCGGCCCGGGAUCGAGGAAGUGGAAGCGGCCCGAAGUUUGAUCCAGAAUGUGGAGAUGGAAGACGCCUUAAAACUGGAGAGAAUCGCUCAGCGAAACACAGCAAAAAGAAUCCCAGAAGAAUUGCUGAGAAUUGUGCAAGAAAUGCAGAGGACUCUGAUUGAUUUGCAGAGCAAAGAGCAGAAGAAAGAGGCUCAGAAAGUGUUGGAUGUGGAGAGCGCCCACUUAUUGUUCGAUGAAAUGAUUCAGAGAGCUUCUGUAUGCCUCAAAUCCUCCAAGUCCAAGACCGCCACCACGUCGUCCUUGGCAACGCUUGACAAAACACUUCCACCACCAUCACCGCAUUCAUAUGAGGAGCCCAUGAAGGCCAAGGACGACUCUUACGUGAACAAGCCGUUCAAGGCGUCUGCUCUUCGUUUGGACCGCGUUGGUGCCAAGCCUCCAUCAAGGGGUGAUGUUCCCACAGCUCCACCACUCGUAGAUUCCGCGGUUGAUCAUGGUGAGAAAAUGAAUCUAAUCAAACUAGCUAGUUGCAUCGAGGUGUCUGUGAAGAAAGGAGCUCGAGAGCUGAUUCUACAAGGCAAGCUCUCAGAUCAAGUCGAAUGGCUUCCUGAUUCAAUAGGGAAGCUCUCAACUCUGAUCAAACUGGACUUAUCCGAGAACGCCAUCACGAUGCUGCCCGCUGCCAUAGGCGGCCUCUCCUCUCUAAAAACUCUUGAUUUACACGGAAACAGACUCGAAGAAUUGCCAGAAGCAAUAGGGGAUUUACUCCACUUGCUCCAUCUUGAUCUCAGAGGCAAUCAGUUGACAGCGCUGCCUGCAUCCAUCGACAGGCUAGCUCGUCUGCAGGAGCUCGACUUGAGCUCCAACGGGAUCACAGCGCUCCCGGAAACCAUAGGCUCCCUGGGCAGCCUCCAGAAGCUCAACAUCGAGACCAACGACUUGGAAGAAAUCCCUCAUGCUAUAGGCAGAUGCACUUGUCUGAAGGAGCUUCGGGCGGACUACAACCACCUCAAGGCUCUCCCGGAAGCAGUGGGGCGGAUUGAGUCCUUGGAGAUUCUAACGCUGCGCUACAACAACAUCAGGCAGCUGCCCACGACUAUGGCGUCGCUGUCGAGGUUGAGGCAGCUGGAUGUGAGUUUCAACGAGCUGGAGGCCAUACCGGAGAGCUUGUGCUUUGCAACGACGCUGGUGAAGAUGGACGUAAGCAACAACUUUGCUGAUCUGCAGGCGCUGCCGAGGUCCAUAGGCAACCUUGAGAUGCUGGAGGAGUUGAAGAGCAAUAACAAUCAGAUCAGAACGCUUCCCGACUCUUUCGGGAUGCUCACCAGGCUGCGCGUCUUCAACGUCGACGGGAAUCCCCUCGUCGUGCCACCCGCAGAUGUGGUUCACAAAGGACCUCAGGCUGUUGUUGCUUACAUGGCUGAUCUUGCUGGGAAGAGGGAGCUCAAGCCACAGCCCACCAAACACAAGAAAUCUUGGCCCAACAUUUGCUUCUUUUCAAUAUCUAACAAACGCAAGCGCAAUCUUGUGGACUAUACAAAAGCCUAAUUUGCCUAUUCUACCCAUGUUAUAAAUGUCUCUUUACAUUUUAUUUCCAUACAAACACAUCUACCUAAGCAAAAAGUGCUCAUAUAGAACGCCAUGUACAAUUCUUGUAGUAAUUGUAUCAUUUUCUAUUAAUAUGGAUAUAUUGUAAUCCUCAUUUGUGA